AUUUUGAGUGGUUAUGGUUUGCACUCUUAUUGAACUAAUACAACACCAUGUGAUCUCUUGUCUCAUGGGACCCAUCAUUUUAACGAUCAUUUCUCUAGCAAAUGGAAUUCAAGAAACUCUUGUGUACUAUAAAUACACUGUUCUCCUUCACAACUUCACAAAUCACUCAAGCAAACAAAUUUAGAUACAUUUUUCUAUAAAUUUGAGAAACUCAGCUUGGUCUAUAAAACAUUUGAAAUGGGUUUCCGAUUACCUACCAUUAGACGUGCUUCAUUUACAGGUAGCCAAGGAUCAUCCAAAGCUGUGAAUGUGCCAAAAGGCUAUCUUGCAGUUUAUGUUGGAGAGAAAAUGAAACGGUUUGUGAUCCCCAUGUCUUACUUGAACCAACCUUCAUUUCAAGACUUGUUGAGUCAGGCAGAGGAAGAAUUUGGAUAUGAUCAUCCAAUGGGUGGCCUCACAAUUCCUUGCAGAGAAGAUGUUUUCUUGCAUGUUACUUCUCGCUUCAAUGGACUAUAAAUCUUACAUUGAAGGAGACUAACUUAGAUUAGCAUAGACAUUUUGCACCAAUAAUCAUCAUUUAGAUUUGUAAAGUUUUUUCCUUUCCCUACAUUUGAAAUGGGUUAGAUUUGUCCAGCUGAAGGAAAAAUUCAGCAACAGAUUAUUUGUUAUUAUUUAUUUUACUGAUAAUGACACAAUAUAUUCAACAAUUCAUUGGCCUUCUA